AUGAGUGCCCGAGGCGGAAGCCGACCACCUCCUCGAGGCCGCCCAAACAAGGUGACGAAGCCUGCCACCGCCGGCCUCAAACGCGACGCCCACGCCCUCGUCCGCGCCAGCGCCGCCUCCAGCCGCCACUCCUCCGCCGUCGACCAGCAGCUCGAGCAGCUCGCUCACGAUGCUGAGGCCGAGGCCGAACACGAAGAUGACGACGAGAUAACCGCUCCUCCACCACCCCCUGGUCCUUCCUCCACUCCCCAACAGCAACAUCAUCACUCGAACCCCUUCGAUCUCGCCGCGGCCGGCAUCUUGGCUAACGGCCCUCCCACAACCGACCAGGACAUCCACCCCGACUUACAUUCUUUGCCAGCCCAGUUUGCUAUGGAGGCCCCGAUGGGCGGUCAUGGUGGCCCCGGCGGUAUGUCCCGGACGGCCGAGGAUCUCGCUUCCGAGAGCGGAUACGGCCAGCUUGUCAUCGACAGCGCCCUCGCCAAGCGGCUGGCCAAUAACGAGGGCCAGCGCCUUGCGGUACAACGACGACAGGACCAGAGCCUCAACCUGAAGAGGAGGAGUAACGUUGAAGCCCUACUCGCCCAUGUUUCCGGCCAGGAAGCCCACAGCCCGUGCAAGAGCUGUCACAAAGGAUACGGUCCGUGGAACGGAUGCGUGGUCGUCAGCGGCCAAAUGUGCGGCAGCUGCGCUAACUGUUGGUUUAACGCAAGUGGUUCGCGUUGCUCUUUCCACGAAAACAACCUACCUCAGCACAUGCCAGCUAUCCAGCUCCAGCCGGUGCCACAGGUAUCCGCCAACACAAGUUUCGCCGGCACAGCGCCGAUGGCUCCCGGCAUGGCCCCGGCAGGUCCUAGCAGCUUCGGACAGCCAGGUGCUGACCCUUCGGUCGCGCAGUUUGUGAAGGAAGUGCUCGACAGGGCGAUGGCGGAGGCUCGGAGCAAUGACCCUCAUGUGCGCUUUCAGCUCCGAAUCGAGACGGCAGCACGGCAGCUAGCGCUGGCUAGCGCCGAGUACGCCGAGUUUCUCGUCCAGCAGGGGGGCCACGACCCGAGUCAGCAUCCACCUGAAGCGGAGGGUUCGGUGCCGGAGGCGGCGAUGGGAGAGGGAGACAACGGGGCGUGA